GACCCCCCCGUUUUAAUGUCACUUUCCCGCCACUCAGCGCUGCUCUGCGGUCAGUUUAGUCUCGUCUUCCGGCUCUCUGCGCGGUUCUUUAGCUGCUCUCAGACCGGUGCUGCUGCUGCUGCUCCGCCCCGCGGGAAAAGUUUCGCGCUAAAAUCAAGAGCAGUCACACUGAUAUCCAGCAGCCACAACAACAACCCAGAGAAGAGAGUCAUGCCGUCCAACGUGGAGAUCAAAGCCAGUGUGAGCAACCGGACCCAGUUUGCAGAGAAGGCCGCCCUGCUCAGCCAAUCAGAGGGCACCAUCAUCAAACAGCACGACACGUUCUUCAACUGCAGCCAGGGUCGACUGAAGCUCCGGGACUUGAUGAAUAAUUCAGGUCAGCUGAUUUUCUACGAGCGUCCCGACACCGAUGGACCCAAACUGUCCCGAUACUCCAUCAGUCCAGCCAGCGACCCGCCCAGUCUGAGGGCCGUGCUUGCAGACGCUCUCGGUGUUAAAGGCGAGGUGAAGAAGGAGCGAACACUGUUCCUGAUUGGACAGACCAGAGUUCACCUGGACACAGUGGAGGGACUGGGGAACUACAUGGAGCUGGAGGUUGUGAUGCGUCCAGAGCAGACGGUGGAAGAGGGACAGCAGAUUGCUGAGGAUCUGAUGGAGAAGCUCGGCGUCUCAAAGGAGAGUCUGGUGACUGGAGCGUACAUGGACCUUCUUCUUAAGGGACACAAAGAGACAUAAAACAAACGCAACCUGGAGCCACAACAGAAACCAGAAUAUCAUAUUUACACACAAUUUAAAAACAACCAAAUCAACAAACUGUAAACGACAAUAAUCCGGUCUGAUGAGACGUCUUUGUUAUUAGUUUCUAUGAAAUGUUGUUAACGUGUCUCUGUAUGUUUGAUUGUAAACACUGACGUGUAAAGAAAGUCAUUCCUUUUCUAAAUAAAUAAAUGUGUUUUUUCUAACAA